CACAGCCGGGAAAGGAGAAGCAACAGGCGGCCUGGAGCGAGCGCAGCGCCGCUUCUUUCCAGCGGGAGUCCCAGCGGAGAGUGGCCACGAAGUUCAGGGAAAGUUCUGGAAAAGUUUUUCUGGGCCAGGGGGGGCACGGAGCGAGCCAGCAGGAUGCAGAGUUUUGUGCGGACUGUGGCGGUUCUGAGCUCGGUGGCGGCGGUGUGCGUCUUCGCGGCCAUGGACGAGUGCGAGGACGCGCAGGGCCGGCCACAUCGCUGCAUGCCCGAGUUCGUGAACGCCGCUUUCAACGUGACGGUGGUAGCCACCAACACCUGCGGCUCCCCCCCCGAGGAGUACUGCGUGCAGACUGGAGCCACCGGCGUCACCAAGUCCUGCCACAUCUGCGACGCGCGCGACCCGCGGAACCACCACGGCGCCGCGUACCUGACCGACUACAACAACCACCAGGACGCCACCUGGUGGCAGAGCCAGACCAUGCUGGCGGGGGUCCAGUACCCCUAUUCCAUCAACCUCACCCUGCAUCUCGGGAAGGCCUUUGACAUUACCUACGUGCGCCUCAAGUUCCACACCAGCCGGCCGGAGAGCUUUGCCAUCUACAAGCGCACGAAAGAGGGGGGGCCCUGGGUGCCAUACCAGUACUACAGCGGCUCCUGCGAAAAGACGUACCAGAAGGUCAACCGCGGCUUCAUCCGCACCGCAGACGACGAGCAGCAGGCGCUCUGCACUGAUGAGUUCAGCGACAUCUCGCCUCUCACUGGGGGCAACGUGGCCUUCUCCACGCUGGAGGGGCGGCCCAGCUCCCACAACUUUGACAACAGCCCCGUCCUGCAGGACUGGGUGACAGCCACGGACAUCAAGGUGACCCUGAACCGACUCAAUACAUUUGGAGACGAAGUGUUCAAUGACCCCAAAGUUCUCAAGUCCUACUAUUACGCCAUCUCGGACUUUGCUGUGGGAGGAAGGUGUAAGUGUAACGGCCAUGCCAGCGAGUGUGUGAAGAACAGUGUGGGCCGGCUGGUUUGCGACUGCAAACACAACACCGCCGGCGACGACUGUAACACCUGCAGACCGUUCUUCAACGACCGACCCUGGAGGAGAGCCACAGCCGACAGCGCCAACGAGUGUCUGUCCUGCAACUGUAACGGGAAGAGCGCAGAGUGUUACUUCGAUCCAGAGCUGUACCGAGCCACUGGGCAUGGAGGACACUGCAGAAACUGCGCCGACAACACAGACGGACCCAACUGCGAGCGAUGCCUGGACAACUACUACAGAGACCAGAGCGGCAACCGCUGCCAGCCCUGCAGCUGCAGCCCCAUCGGCUCUCUGUCUCCUCAGUGUGACAGAGGAGGAGUGUGUGCAUGUAAACCAGGCGUGACCGGAGAGAAGUGCGACCGCUGUCUACCUGGAUACCACAGUCUGACAGAGGCCGGCUGCAGGCAGUGCAGCUGCUCACCUGCAGGAAGCACUCAGGAGUGUGAUGUGGCGACGGGUCAGUGCCGCUGCAAAGAGAACGUGGAGGGCUUCAGCUGUGACAGGUGUAAACUGGGAUUCUUCAACCUGGACCCACAUAACCCUCAGGGCUGCACGCCUUGCUUCUGCUUUCAGCACUCGUCUGUGUGCAACAGCGCCGAGGGAUACUCCGUCCACUCCAUCACCUCCAGCUUCACCAACGGGAAUGAGCAGUGGAGGGGUCAGCAGCAGGAUGGAUCCAGCGUCUCCAUCCAGUGGUCUCCCAGCGGACAAGAGGUUUCCCUCAGCUCAGACAGCUUCCUACCCAUGUACUUUGUAGCUCCAGAGAAGUUUCUGGGGAACCAGAUCCUGAGUUACGGUCAGAACCUGAGCCUGAACUUCCGCGUGGAGCGCCGGGACCACCGUCUGUCUGCUGAGGAUCUGAUUCUGGAGGGGGCUAACAUGCGGGUGGCCGUCCCACUUAUCGCUCAGGGCAACGCCUACCCCAAUGAGAACAUGCAGACCUACGUGUUCCGCCUCCACGACAGCACCGACUACCCCUGGAGGCCGCACAUCAGCCACGCAGAUUUCCAGAAACUGCUCCAGAACCUGACAGCCAUCAAGAUUCGUGGCACCUACAGCGAAAGGAGUGCCGGGUUCCUGGAUGAUGUCUCCUUGGUGACGGCCAGGCGGGGUCCAGGCGUACCAGCCCGUUGGGUGGAGCAGUGCGACUGUCCCCAGGGUUACCAAGGUCAGCACUGCGAGCAGUGCACGCUGGGAUACCGGCGCGCUCGCCCGGACUUGGGUGCCUUUAGCCCCUGCGAGCCAUGCAGCUGCAACGGACACAGCGACGCCUGCAACCCCGUCACCGGAGCGUGCGACUGUCAGGACAACACUGCUGGGCUGAGCUGUGAGCGCUGCAAGGACGGUUUCUACGGCGACGCCACUCAGGGGAGCCCCAACGACUGUCAACCCUGUCCCUGUCCUGGGGGGGCCACCUGUGCCAUUGUGCCGUCAACCAGGGAGGUGGUGUGCACCAACUGUCCCACUGGAACCACAGGUAAACGCUGCGAGCUCUGUGACGACGGCCACUUUGGGGACCCGCUGGGUCAGAACGGACCCGUGCGCAGCUGCCACAAAUGCAUGUGCAGCGGCAACAUCGAUUUGAACGCCGUCGGCAACUGCAACCGGGAGACCGGGGAGUGCCUGAAGUGCGUCAAUGACACCGAGGGCUUCUUCUGCGACCGCUGUAAAGAAGGUUUCUACGGCAACGCCCUCAGCACCGGCCCUGGCAAGAGAUGCAAAUCCUGCUCCUGCUCCCCUUUUGGCACCGUGGGCCAACAGACCAGCUGUUCUGAGGUCACGGGUCAGUGCGAGUGUCUUCCCAACGUGGCCGAACGGGACUGCAGCGCCUGCCAGCCUGGACACUUCAACCUUCAGAGCGGCAAAGGAUGCGAGCGGUGCAACUGCAACCCCAUUGGCUCCACUAACGGGCAGUGUGACAUCGUUACGGGACAGUGCGAGUGCCAGCCCGGCGUCAGCGGCCUUCACUGCGAUCGCUGCGAGGUCAACUUCUUUGGCUUCAGCUCGUCUGGAUGCAAACCCUGUGACUGUGACUCUGAAGGCUCCUCAUCGGGUCAGUGUAAGGAUGACGGGCGCUGCCAGUGUCGGCCCGGCUUCGUGGGGGCCCGCUGCGACAUGUGCGAGGAGAAUUACUUCUACAAUCGCUCCGUGCCGGGUUGCCAGCAGUGCCCCUCCUGCUAUGGCCUGGUUCGGGACAAGGUGAACCAGCAGCGGCAGAAGCUGCACGACUUGCAGACUCUGAUCGAUAACCUGGGCUCAGGCCAGGAAACCGUCAGCGAUAAGGCAUUUGAGGAUCGUCUGAAGGAAGCAGAAAAGGCCAUUGCAGAGCUGUUAUCCGAAGCUCAGGCCAGCAAAGAUUUGGACAGAGGCCUGAUGGACCGACUGGAUACCAUCAACAACACUCUGACGACCCAGUGGAACCGCCUGCAGAGCAUCCGCAACACCGUGGACGACACGGGUGCACAGGCCGACCGCGCCCGCAGCCGAGUCCAGGAUGCAGAGAGCUUGAUCGACAGGGCCCGUCAGGAGCUGGACAAGGCCAAGGACGCCCUCAGCAAAGUGGACAUCAAGCCCCCCACUGGAACAGGAGAGCCCAACAACAUGACCCUACUGGCUGAGGAAGCCAGACGACUCGCAGAAAAGCACAAGACUGAAGCUGACCAGAUUGAGAAAAUUGCCAAAGACGCCAACGACACGUCGACAAAGGCCUAUAACCUGCUGCUGAAGACUCUGGAGGGAGAAAGCCGGACAGGCCAGGAGAUCGAGGAGCUGAACAAGAAGUAUAAUGAGAGUAAGGAGCUCGCCAAGAACCUGGAGAAGCAAGCCAAAAAGGUUCAGGACGAGGCAGAUGAGGCUGGAAACCAGGCCUUGAAGAUCUUCGCCAAUCUAACCAGCCUCCCGCCAUUUGACGCCAAGGCCCUGGAGGACGAAGCCAAUAAGAUCAAGAAAGAGGCAACAGACCUUGACAAUCUGGUUGACAAAAUGGAGAAGAACUACAACGACAUGAGAGACGACCUGAAGUCCAAAGAGCAGGAGGUCCGCAAGCUGCUGGAGAAAGGCAAGAGUGAGCAGCAGACUGCAGACCAGCUGCUAGCCCGGGCAGACGCUGCCAAAGCUCUGGCUGAAGAGGCUGCCCAGAAGGGCAAGGCUACUUUUGCAGAAGCUGAGAACAUCCUGGAAGACCUCAGAGACUUUGACAGGAGAGUCAACGAUAACAAGACUGCAGCUGAAGAAGCCCUGAAGAAGAUCCCUGCUAUCAAUGCUACCAUCAUGUCUGCCAACGAGAAGACCAGGGAGGCAAAGACUGCUCUCGGCAAUGCAACUGAAAAUGCCCUGGAGGCCAAGAGAAAGGCAGAGGAGGCCGAAAAAAUCGCCAGCAACGUGCAGAUUGGAUCAGCCAAGACCAAGGAGGACGCAGAAAAGGCCUUACAGGACACCAACAACCUGGAAAACGAUGUCAACAACAUGAUGGAUCAGCUGAGCGCUGCAGAGCAGGACCUGGCGAAGAAGAAAGUCGAGGCAGACGCCGACAUGAUGAUGGCCGCCAUGGCAUCGGACAACGCCAAGGAGGCAGAGGAUAAUGCUCGGAAGGCCAAGAACAUGGUGAAAAAGGUGUUGAAGGUCAUCACUGACCUACUGGCCCAGCUGGGCAACAUCGAUAAGGUGGACCUGAGCAAACUGAACGAUAUUGACGAGUCAUUAAAGAAAGCCAAAGAGAAGAUGCGCGAUAGCAAGCUGGAUGAGAAGCUAAAGGAGCUGAAUGCUGUGGCCAGCUCGCAGAAGGACAUGAUUGACAGCUACGACCAACAGAUACGGGAGAUCCGGGCCGACAUCGCCAACCUCAAUGACAUCAAGAACACGCUACCUGAAGGCUGCUUCAACACUCCGUCCCUGGAGAGGCCUUAGCCCCGCCCUCUUCUUCUAGACACGCACCCUCCCCUCACUCACGUCUAACACUCCGGCGAACAUGCCGACUUUUACCAAAACUACUUUUAAAACAUUUGAUCGUCGAUUCUCGUCUCUGCCGACGUUUUCCAGGAGGGGCGUGGUUUCACAACAAGGACGUUGAGCCGUGCGGAGGCACAAAACCAGAACCACCAACCCGAAGUGACUGCAGCUUCUCAAAGGAGGUCUAGCCGCACCGCGGCUCCACUCCGCUCCACACCACUUCCUGUCAGAUUACGUGAAGGAACCGUCAUCUGGGCUCCCUGCAUCUACAGUAUUCUCCUCUCCAGCAGGGGGCAGUAAAGCCAUGAGAACUCGCCCUGCUCCGUACAAAGCUGCCCAAAAACACUUAAGACCAGAUCCACAUGGUCCUGCAAAAACACUAAGACCAGAUCCACAUGGUCCUGCAAGAACACUAAGACCAGAUCCACAUGGUCCUGCAAAAACACGAAGACCAGAUCCACAUGAUUUUGCUGCUGCCUGUCAUCUGGAAACUAGAAGGAAAGAACCGCUCGAUUUCGGCUUCUUCUUCAGCAUGCGUGUGAGAUGAAGAACAGCUGCAUCUUUCCUCAUAAACUGUCCUGACCUCUUGAGCUCCUGUUGGACUUGUGGAAACCUUCUUCCCUCUAUCUGUCGCACAUCACAGCUCAGCUGUGAUGCGUUCGUGGUUCUGUCGGAGGUGCAGCUGUCCCAGCUCUGGUGUUGAAAAACCUGAGAUGUUCCUCACUUGUUGUUUUUAGGACAUUAAAAUGGACACAUCAUGUUCAGAUG